AUGGCUCGUCUUGGAGUCGAGAGGAGCAAGGUCCAACUGCAGCUGGCUUCUAGGACUUGGCCCUUUGUAGUCCUGCUUGCUUUUCUCUUCAUCCCAACUUUGUCCAAAGCCAUACAAGUGAGCCAACCUUCAGUGGUAUUGGCCAGCAGCCAUGGUGUCGCCAGCUUUCCAUGUGAAUAUACAUCAUCACACAACACUCAUGAGGUCCGGGUGACAGUGCUGCGGCACACAAAUGGCCAGAUGACUGAGGUCUGUGCCACGACAUUCACAGUGAAGAAUACGUUGGGCUUCCUAGAUGACCCCUUCUGUAGUGGUACCUUCAACGAAAGCAAAGUGAACCUCACCAUCCAAGGACUGAGAGCUGCUGACACUGGACUGUACUUCUGCAAGAUGGAACUCAUGUACCCACCACCAUACGUUGUGGGCAUGGGCAACGGGACCCAGAUUUAUGUCAUUGAUCCAGAACCAUGCCCAGAUUCUGACGUCCUCCUUUGGAUCCUUGCUGCAAUUAGUUCAGGAUUGUUUUUCUACAGUUUCCUGAUCACUGCUGUUUCUUUGAGCAAAAUGCUAAGGAAAAGAAGUCCACUUACAACAGGGGUCUAUGUGAAAAUGCCCCCAACAGAGCCAGAAUGUGAAAAGCAAUUUCAGCCUUAUUUUAUUCCCAUCCACUAG